UCAGAGUGACCCCACAGCCAAUGGCAGGCGAGAGAGGGGGCGGGUUUGUUUUCGCUUCGGUCCCUCACAAUAUUUUUCCCUGAAGGAGAGAGAGGAGGCUGGAGUGACUGAAUUAACGAGAAUUUGUUCAGAAGAGAAAACUGGAUUAUCCUUGUGAAAGAGAAGAUUCAAUGAUGGAGACUGUCCAUGUUAAACAGGAGAGUCCUGUACUAGAAUCAGUCCAUAUUAAAGAGGAGAGUACUGUACUAGAAUCAGUCCAUAUUAAAGAGGAGAGUCCUGCACUAGAAUCAGUUCAUAUUAAAGAGGAGAGUCCUGCACUAGAAUCAGUCCAUAUUAAAGAGGAGAGCCCUGUACUAGAAUCAGUCCAUAUCAAAGAGGAGAGUCCUGCACUAGAAUCAGUCCAUAUUAAAGAGGAGAGUCCUGUACUAGAAUCAGUCCAUAUUAAAGAGGAGAGUCCUGCACUAAAAUCAGUCCAUAUUAAAGAGGAGUGUCUUGUGCUAGAAUCAGUUCAUAUUAAAGAGGAGAGUCCUGAACUAGAAUCAGUCCAUAUUAAAGAGGAGAGUCCUGAACUAGAAUCAGUCCAUAUUAAAGAGGAAAGUCAUGUACUAGAAUCAGUCUAUAUUAAAAAGGUUAUUCUCAAUUAUAACCCCUUAAACAGCUUGCAGGGCUCUCUUAGCUGUGUUGACUGUGGGAAGAGGUUCAGUCUGUCAAGCGCUUUGAAAAGACACCAGAAAAUCCACACAGGAGAGAAGCCACAUCACUGUAAUGACUGUGGGAAGAGUUUCAGACUGUCAAGGAGAUUUCAGAUACACCAGCGAAUCCACACUGGAGAGAAGCCAUAUGUCUGUGCUGACUGUGGGAAGAGUUUCAUACACUCACAAAACCUGAAACUUCACCAACAAAUCCACACUGGAGAGAAACCACAUGUCUGUGCUGACUGUGGGAAGAGUUUCAGUCAGUCAAGCGCUUUGAAAAGACACCAGCGAAUCCACACAGGAGAGAAACCAUAUGUCUGUGCUGACUGUGGGAAGAGUUUCAAUCAGUCAGGCUAUUUGACAAAACACCAGCGAAUUCACAUUGGAGAGAAACCAUAUGUUUGUGCUGAGUGUGGUAAAAGUUUCAAUCAUUCAAGCACAUUGAAAAGACACCAGCGAAUCCACACUGGAGAGAAUCAAUAUGUCUGUGCUGACUGUGGGAAGAGUUUCAGUGGGUCAAGCACAUUGCAAAGACACCAGCGAAUCCACACAGGAGACAAACCAUAUAUCUGUACUGACUGUGGGAAGAGUUUCAAUCAGUCAGGGUAUUUGACAAAACACAGGCGAACCCACAGAGGAGAGAAACCAUAUGUCUGUGCUGAGUGUGGUAAAAGUUUUACUCAGUUACACACCCUGAAACUUCACCAGCGAAUCCACACAGGAGAGAAACCACAUGUCUGUGCUGACUGUGGGAAGAGUUUCAAUCAGUUAAGCAUAUUGAAAAGACACCAGCGAACCCACACAGGAGAGAAACCAUAUGUCUGUGCUGAGUGUGGGAAGAGUUACAGAGAUUUACAAAACCUGAAAAUUCACCAGAGAAUUCACACAGGAGAGAAACGGCAUCCAUGUAGUAGAUGUGGGAAGAGUUUCAGUCAGUUAGCAUAUCUUAAAACCCACCAGUUAAUUCACACAGGAGAGAAGCCACAUCGCUGUAAUGACUGUGGGAAGAGUUUCAGACAGUCAAGCAACUUAAAAAUGCACCAACGAAUCCACACUGGAGAGAAACAACAUGUCUGUGCUGAUUGUGGGAAGAGUUUCAGGAUGUUACAAACCCUGAAACUUCACCGGCGAAUCCACACAGGAGAGAAACCACAUCACUGUAAUGAUUGUGGAAAGAGUUUCAGAUGGAUGUACAGCUUGACAAUGCACCAGCUAUUCCACACAGGAGAGAAUCCUUAUCACUGCUCUCCCUGUGGGAAGUCUUUUAAUGCUUCCAGUUCUCUUAAAAGACACAAAUGCACGUUGUGAAAAUUUAGUCAGAAUGUGAGUGUGUGUUCAUUCAUCCACACUCAGAAAUUCCAGUCUUUUUAAACAGCAGCUUAAUAUAAAAACUGAGAACUCUGGUGAAUGUCUACAGACGACGCAGAUCCCUCAAUAUUAAACACUGCUCUGAAGCCUUUACAUUAUAAAGUACAUUCUUAGUAUGGUGAAUGUUUACAGAUGAUACAGAUUUAUUGAUAUUAAACAGUUAUCUGAAGCUGUUACAUUAUAAAGUACAUUGUUAGUUUGCAAUCCAUUGAAUAUACAGACGCCUCGCAGUGUUGUGUGAUACGAGGCAAAGCCGAGUGCCUCCAACCCCUGAGAAGUCUGUAUAUUCAUGUCACAAAGACGGCCGGAGUGGGUGGUGUCAGACCAGAGACCGGAAAUAAACAGACAGAGAUUUGUGGUUUGGUGCAGCUGAGCGAAUGCUUUCGCUCAGCAUUUAAUCAACAGAACAGAAAAUAAAAGGUUGGAACACAAAAACAGGACACGGCACUUGCGCCAAAAUAAACAGACAUACAAAACGACUAACACUAAACAAACGGUGCACGGACAGACACACAAACACGGUGAGUGAAAACACUUCUUAUUAUUAUUACUUUGCUUUGCUUUUACGUUCUCCUCUCUCUCCCGUUCUCCACUCACCGAACACCUAACCACGACUGAGUGAAAAUGUGCAUCUAUAUAUACUGUUGUGCUGGGAUUCAAUUACUAAUUAAUCAUUCACUUGAAUCCCAGCACGUGAAUUAAUUCUGUGCAACCCCGUGCUCACAUAUUACAUUUAACCAGCACGUGAAGUGAUUUGUGCUCUCCUCGUGCCUAAAUACAAAUCUACACUUUAAAUAUACGUGAAACAGACCCGUUUAUAUCCCGUGUACCAAUCUAUACACCAACAUUAACACACACACGCACGCAACAUACAACACAGAUCACACAAAUGCACACAGGGGCGGGGCACUUUGCCACAAUUCAACAUAUACUGUGUGGGAGAAAUUCAUAGUUGUAAUUGAAUGGUCUUUGUAAAAUGACAUUUCAAAUCUUAAACUGUGAGGCUUAAGAUGCUGUGAUGUUAAUUAACCCUUUCUGGUCCGACAUCAUUAUAGAAACGCAAAAAACGGGUUUCUAGUCGUAUUUUCUCCGGAAAAAGCCGAGAAAACCAUUCAAUGGCCGAGUGGGAACGACAAGAGCCGAGACAAGUCGAAAAAAAAAGGCGUAUCUGAUGAUUAGUCAUACAUGGCCCUGGUAUCAGAUAACGGGGCGGUCAUAAGUAAACAAGUUGGUUGAUAGUGAGUCCCCGCACAGAGAACACGGACAUUUACAGAGCUUUUUUGAGAUGUUAUAGUAAUAAAAUAAUGACUUGGAUCACAUUAUUGAGGUGUUUGGUGAUAAAACGAGUGAUCAGGAGAUGAUUGAUCGGUAUGUACGACUAUUAUUAUUAUUAUUAUGUAUUUCUUACAUAGGUGAAAGUUAUAGCGAACGAAAGGGUGGGGCGAGGCUGGAGAUGCCUAUAAAGGGUUAAGAAGUGCGACACCUGGUGGAUACGAGGUGCCACGACGUUACCCAUUAUAUGAAUUGUUACCAUGAAACAUGGAAUGUUUAAGUGAAUAGAAAUUCCUAAUUUCCUUAUUUUGAAAGUGAAUUGAUAAACAAACUUUUACGAGGGUGUAAUAUCAAUCUCUGGGUUUUAGAUUUACUGAAACUAUCAGAUUGAAACGUAACAAAUAAGUAAUAACAUACCUGAUUUAAAUGGGUUUUAGAAUCAUUUUAAUAACAAAUAUUGUGGUUUCCCAAUAUAUUGAAAUGUUUAUUGUGUUUUAAUGAAGUUUAAAUUGAAAGUAAUUCUUACAUUAUUUUACUUUAAUUAUUGUAUAACAUGUUUAACAUUUUUAUCCUUAUAUGAUCAAUUUAACUAGCUGUCACAAAAUGAAGUUUUGUUCUAUAAAUGUUACGAAUCCUGUUAUCUCUCUCUCUCUCUCUCUCUCUCUCUCUCUCUCUCUCUCUCUCUCUCUCUCUCUCUCUCUCUCUCUCUCUCUCUCUCUCUCUCUCUCCAUGGAGGAGGGUCGCUCCCUGUGUUAAUGACACACAUUGCUUGUGUAAAAGGAAGCGUCAUUCAAACUGUAAGCCAAUGAAAGGACUGAUUUCGGUCAGGGAUUAGCUACCUGUUUUACCCGGAAGUGAUUGGAUCACCAAAGUAAACUUCUCUUUGGGCGCCAUAUUUAAAUCAAAACAUGCAUGAACUCGUCCUCUUGGAUUCAGACUCAUCUCGCCAUGAAGUAACCAUUGAGCCUUCGCUUGCAAUGGGGACCCAUUCAAGCAUCGUACGUAUCUUCAUCCUGAAGAAGACUCCUCACCGCUACAUCCUUUGUUUUUCAACAAGAACCUCAUCUCCAGAAUAAGUACUACAUUUGAAAGACAUUAAGAUUAAGUAAAAUACUGUGUUUGUGUAGAAAAGUCUACAUGCAAACCACGAGUAAAAACAUUUAAUACAGAGUAACACUUUGUGACAAAAAUAAAAACAAUUCUACUCUGAACAAUUGAAAGAAGAUAAGACUUUAACUGAACUGGUGCUAUUGUGUGCAUUUGAAAACAAUGUGAACGUCUGAACCGUUUAAACAUUGAUUGAGUUUAUCUACAAGUUCUGAAGUUACUCUAGAUUACAAUUUAAUACUAAAUGCAAUUGAAGCUGCUUCCGAACUGAUCUUGUUGAAACAAAAAUGGCGUCUUCAUUUGAACCCACACAACAGACGCUGCUUCACCCCGUCACUGUGUGUAAUGUGCGUGAGUCCUGCGUGUGCGUGUACAGAAACACACGGAGGACAGCGUGCUCAUGAAAAUAUGUGUUUCAAUGUUUUAUUCCUGCUUGUGUACUUAUAAUUCUGGUACCGUGAUAUAUAACGUCUAUAUCCUUCUUACUUUUGCGAGCCUUAAUAAAUGUAAUCAUUUUCA